AUGGCGGAGGCGCUGGUAACACAAGACGCGCCGAAAAGCGCAGUCGCCGCAACAUUAGAACUUCUUAAGCCGCAAGAAGCUGAAUCAAAAACAUUGAAGAUUGAAAAUACGGAUAAGCGAGAUACCUUGAUCGAGGCCGAAAAACGCUACCAGAGAGCAUGGGAAGAGCAAGGCGUUUUCAAUCCGGACGCACCCUCGCUAGAGGAGGAGCCAUUCGACACAACUUCACCUGACCAGCUGCACCAAAAACACCCCAAAUGGUUUGGCUGUUUCGCAUACCCUUACAUGAAUGGCACUCUUCAUGCUGGUCAUGGCUUCACUGCAUCCAAGGUCGAGUUCACGGCCGGUUUUCGUAGGAUGUUGGGCGAGCGCGCUCUCUUUCCGCUCGGAUACCACGUGACGGGCAUGCCCAUCAAGGCAUGCGCAGACAAGCUCAUUCGAGAAGUCGAGAUGUUUGGCCAAAACUUUGAACGAUGUCCGGUAGAGGAGGUCAUUGACACCAGCGUGCCAGAGCCGCCAGCACCCACCCAGGCCGAGACCAAGACCGACAUCACCAAGUUCAAAGCUACCAAAGGCAAAGCCAACGCCAAGACCAUCAAGACCAAGUACCAGUUCCAAAUCAUGCUGGCACAAGGAAUUCCUCUCGAAGAAAUCCACAAGUUCGCCGACCCAUUCCACUGGAUCGAAUACUUCCCUCCCCUUGCGAAGCGUGACCUCACAGGCUUUGGCGCCCGCAUAGAUUGGCGAAGACAAUUUGUUACGACUGAUGCCAACCCGUACUACGAUUCCUUUGUCGCAUGGCAAAUGCGCACUCUGCUCGACCUGAAGAAAAUCAUCUUCGCAAAGCGCUAUACCGUCUACAGUCCCAAAGAUGGACAAGCUUGCAUGGACCACGACAGAGCUUCUGGUGAGGGUGUUGGUGUUCAACAGUACACAGCACUGAAGAUGAAGGUCACCAAAUGGGCAGACUCUGCGAAAGAAAUCGCGAGCAAGAUCCCUGAAGGUGCCAGCGCCUAUUUCAUCCCUGCUACGCUACGCCCAGAGACUAUGUACGGGCAGACUUCAUGCUUUGUCAGUCCUACGAUACAGUACGGUCUUUUCAAGGUCACAGACACAGAGUACUUCGUGUGCAGUCAGCGAUCAGCACGCAACAUGUCCUACCAGCCAGGCAUCUUCCCCGACUGGGGCGUACACCCAGAAAUCAUCAGCUUCUCCGGCAAGGACGUCAUCGGCACAGUCGUCAAUGCGCCGCUCUCCGUACACAAGGAGGUCUACAUUCUGCCCAUGGAAACGGUCAAGGACACAAAAGGAACCGCCGUCGUUACCUGUGUUCCUUCAGAUUCACCCGACGACUAUAUCACUUCAUUCGACCUGGCCAAGAAGGCAGAGUAUUACGGCAUUCAAAAGGAAUGGGUCAAAUUUGAUGACAUUCUGCCCAUCAUCGACACUCCCACGUACGGCAACCUGACCGCAAAAAAGCUGGUUGAGGAACUCAAGAUUCAGUCGCCCAAGGACUCUGCUAAACUUGCAGAUGCCAAAGACAAGGCAUACAAGGAAGGAUUCUACAAGGGCAAGAUGAUAUACGGUGAGUUCAGCGGGAAGCCCGUUGAAGAGGCCAAAGAAUUGUGUCGGAAAUGGCUUAUUGACAAUGGCGACGCUUUCCCUUACGCUGAGCCAGAUGGCAAGGUUAUUAGUCGAAGUGGUGACGACUGUGUGGCAGCUCUGCUCGACCAAUGGUACAUGAACUACGGUACGGCGGCCAAUGGCGGAGAUGGAGACUGGGCUGAGCAAGUCCGAUCACACAUUGAGGGUGAACUCAACCUGUAUUACCCGGAAGCCAAGAAUCAGUUCUUACGUGUGGUCGACUGGCUGAGCAUCUGGGCAUGUGCUCGCUCAUACGGUCUCGGGACAAAAGUACCGUGGGAUCCAUCAGUCAUGGUGGAGAGUCUCUCGGAUUCUACCAUCUAUCAGGCCUACUACUCGUUCGCUCAUCUACUCCACAAGGACAUGUUCGGCAAAGAGCCUGGUCCUCUAGGUAUAACAGCUGAUCAGCUCACUGACGAUGUCUGGAAUUAUGUCUUCGCUCGCCGUGCACGCUCGGAUCUACCUCAAUCAGAUAUCCCCAAGAAGAGUCUCGAGACGCUGAGACGACACUUCGAUUAUUGGUACCCGCUUGAUAUGCGCUGCAGUGGCAAAGAUCUCAUUCAGAACCAUCUGACCUUCCAUCUGUACGGUCACGCUGCAAUUUUUCCCAAGGAAAACUGGCCACGCAGUAUUCGUGUCAAUGGACAUUUGUUGCUCAAUGGUGACAAGAUGAGCAAGUCUACCGGUAACUUCCUCACGAUCGCUGGCGCUACCGAGAAGUUUGGUGCAGACGCUACACGUAUGGCACUUGCAGAUGCUGGUGAUGAGAUUACCGACGCCAAUUUUGAAGAGACUGUCGCCAACGCCAACAUCCUCAAGCUAUUCGAGCUCCGCAAAUGGUGUGAAGACUUGGUCAAAGAAGCCAUCUACGUUCCCAAUGCCGCUAGUUACGCCGAGAAGCGCUCAGCCGAGCGCAUCAAGAAUCCUGAUGUCAUUCAACGCCAAAGCGGUAGCGAGCGUUUCUUGUUUGAUGACAUGUUCGAUAACGAGAUGAACCUGCUAGUUGAAGAGACAUACCAACACUACCAAGUCACAUCUUACAAGCUCGCCCUGAAGUCCGGGUUCUACGACUUCACAUCCGCACGUGACUUCUAUCGCGAAGCGACAAAGGCCGCAGGUGUCGGUAUGCACCAAGACCUCGUCAACAAGUUCAUCGAACUCCAGGCUCUGCUCAUCGCACCCAUCGCACCCCAUUGGUCAGAGUACAUUUGGCUCGAGGUACUGAAGAAGGAAGAGACUAUUCAAAAGGCACGCUGGCCCAAGGUCCCUGCAGCAAACUCAUCUCUUACCGCUGCUCGCGAGUUUGUACGCACUACGCAAACAAACAUCACUUCUGCGGAAGGCGCGGCCUUGAAGAAGCUGUCCAAGGGUAAAGCAGCAAAUUUCGAUCCCAAGAAGGAGAAGAAGAUUACUAUUUUCGCUGCGCAGGAGUGGCCAGCUUGGCAGGCUAAAUACAUCGAUCUGAUCCGCACCUCUGAAACUCUCGAUAUCAAAUCCAUCUCAAAGUCGAUCGACAAGUCGGAAUCCAAGAAAGCCAUGCCCUUUAUCAACGCGCUCAAGCGUCGCAUCGACAACGGCGAGCCCAAAGAUGUGGUAUUAAAUCGCGAGCUCGGUUUCGAUGAGCUGAGCACCUUACGCGCAAUGGUCCCGGGACUCAAGCAGACGGUGCAGAAGUGCGUCGAGGUUGAGAUUGUUCUGGUCAAGGACGGAGGCAAGGAAGGCGUCGUGAUAAAAGAGGAUGGUAGCGAGGGCGAGAAGAAGAGCGAAUUAUUGCCAGCGGCUGGUAGUGCAGAACCUGGAAGCCCAAGCUUCGCAUUUGAAAAUAUUGAAGGACUGCCUAUACGCUGA